GGUGUUGUCUUCUCCGCGGGAUCUUGAGCCGGCAUCGGUGGAAUAUCAAAACAAGUUUAGGAUAUUAUUUAGCUAUAACAUAUAGCUUUUUAAUACAUUCAACUAAAAUGUUUAAUAAUUAAACAUAAUGUAGCGGAUGAGUACAUAAAAAACAACUGUGUACAUGUACAUAUCAGCUUUGAAUCACUCGCUCGAAUACUAAGCAAUAACAUACACAUAAGGAAAAAUAAUUCUCACUUGACGAAGUUGUUCAAAUUUGAGGGCUGAUACGCAUUGAAAGUGAAAAUUCAUCCAGAAGCUACGAAUAACUGCUAAAUAAAUUGACUAGCGCUUGUGAAGUUGAACUCGACCGGCCAACACACCGACCGCGACCAUGGAUCCGGAAGCAUUCCUCGAUAUCGCCAAUCAGGUGAUAAAGCUGAAGAUGUUCCCCUACUUUGACAUCGCGCACAGCCUACUGUGUGCGCUGUCGGUCAAGGAGGAUCUCGGAGCCGGAGCGCAAGCCUUCUCUCGCAAGCACCCGCUCGCCUGCUGGCUGUCGACGAUGUUGGUGGUCUUUGCCGGAGGAAUGGUCGCCAACGGACUGCUGGGAGAGCCCAUCCUGUCCCCGUUGAAGAACACCCCACAGUUGCUCGUGGCCACUGCUUGCUGGUACAUCGUUUUCUACACUCCAUUCGACAUCGGUUACAAGGUUGCCAAGUUCUUGCCCGUAAAGUUGGUGGCCAGCGCUAUGAAGGAAAUCUACCGCGCAAAGAAGAUCCACGACGGUGUGACCCACGCUGCCAAGUUGUACCCCAACGCUUUCAUCAUCAUGAUUAUCAUCGGUACCCUGAAGGGCAAUGGAGCUGGCUUCACUAAACUGCUGGAACGAUUGAUCCGUGGCGUUUGGACUCCAACUGCCAUGGAAUUCCUGCAACCAAGCUUCUACACCAAGGCCUCGCUGAUUGCAUCCAUCAUCUUCGUGUUGGACAAGAAGACCGACCUGAUCUCCGCCCCGCAUGCCCUGGUCUACUUCGGCAUCGUGAUCUUCUUGGUGUACUUCAAGCUGUCGUCGAUCCUGCUCGGCAUCCAUGAUCCAUUUGUGCCAUUCGAAAACCUGAGCUGCGCGCUGUUCUUCGGCGGCAUCUGGGACAGUUUGGCUAAGAUCCUCGGCCGCGGACAGGCCAAGGAGGAGUCCAAGGACGCCAAGAAAUCCAACUAAAACGCACAGCAUCUGCCCUGGCGGUAGAUCCUUUAUCAGCGCAAGACGACUAUUUUACAUAUACGUUAGAUUUAUGUUACGAUUUUAAGUUUUUGUACACAUACACACACCACAGAUCGGUGCAAGAUUAACGACGCAUGCAAUAAAAGAGUUUAGAUAUAAGAUCGAAAGUUUUCAACAUCUUGAUAGCUAGACUGAGGCAUUCUAGUCAAUGAAACCAAAUUAUGCAGACAAUUUAGUUUGAUGAGAAACACGACUAACAUGAAGCGACAAAACUUAGGCAACUUUUUAUAAUUAUUAUCAUUUGCAUCGAACCCAACUUUUAUUGCAACAUGGGAACUUUACGAUUAGUCAAAAGCACGAUUCAAUAGCAGUGGGUGAGAUUGAUUUGUCCUUUUAUCUUGUCGCAGUAGUUCAAUAGCAAUACAUGCGUAGCACAAAGCCAUUUGAUUUUUGAAGGUGGAAUUUGUUUCUAGUAUUACGAACGACGAUACUAUCUUCAGAUUGGAGGGAUUGUACCAGUGAUUGUUACAAGGAGUAAUUCUUUGUUCCAAAUUAGGGUAGUUAUAGCACUCCAAAGACCGAAAAUAGAAUGAAAUAUCUAAAACAUUCAGUUUAAUCUGAAGUUGGGGAAAUAUAUACAGAUGAUUCGAUCAAA